AUGUUAAAAAACGGCCCAACAAAAUUUCCAAUAGAAUCGGGAGAAUCUCUAAAUCAACGGGAAAAUGGAAUUUUAUUAAAUAAUAAACAACAACAAAAUGAACAACAACAAAAUUUACCUGUUUGGGUCUAUGUAAUUUUUAGAAAAAAUCCGAGUAGCGGACAUGAUAAAGUUUCUGUGAAGGAUAGCCUUGACGGCCCUAUAUUUUGGACUAGAAGAGUUUUAUAUGUUUUUUGUUGUUCUUGUCAUUUUGAUAGACAUGAGCAACAUUUAAUUAAAUUGCUCGAUCAAAAUCGUUCCCUAGUUGAACGUGUUUGCUUAGUAGACAAUCCAAUUGAUUAUUCUUUCUUGCCAGACUCGUUAUUUGGAUUUUUGGCUAAUCAUUUGACGAAAUUGGAGUUUGUUUACCUUCGAGAACUUGACUUGGAAAAAAUUAAUCGAGCAACAGUUGAACGUUUGGCUAAUCAUCGCCGCCUUAAAAAAUUAAUUGUUCAUGGAUGCCGCAAUUAUGAGGCUUUACAAGACUUUCACAGUUUGCCGCAAUUGCUAGUAAUUAAAGGAGAUAUACAAGGACUUAAGGUGGAUUUCUAG